UUCCGUCAAACUUACCAUCUUUACAAGAUUUUGAUACAUUAUCAAAUAUGAAGCACUGAAAAUCUCAAUAAAAAAAUGGUCGGUAUGGCUAAUAUGGACGAACAUGAAAGAAAAAUUGUUACGGAAUUUGUUCAUUUACUGGAAAAAUCUAAGCAACUGUUCAAUGGUUUAAGGGAUUUACCACAAUAUGGGCAUAAACAGUGGCAAGCAUAUUUUGGUAGAACUUUCGAUAUUUAUACAAAAUUAUGGAAAUUUCAGCAGCAGCACCGACAAAUUUUAGAUGCAAAAUAUAGUCUGAAACGAUGGCAGAUAGGAGAAAUAGCAUCUAAAAUAGGACAAUUAUACUAUCAUUAUUACUUAAGAACUAGUGAAACCAAUUACUUGAAUGAGGCAUAUUCGUUUUAUGCCGCAAUACGAGGUCGUGCAUAUUAUUCAAGAGCAGCUAAAGAAGAUAGGUCCGAGCUGAUGGUGAAAAAAUUGCGAUAUUAUGCGCGAUUCAUAGUCGUAUGCCUUCUUCUGAGACGUAUGAAGUUAGUUAGAGAAUUAAUAGUAGAAUUAGAUAGACAUAUCGCCGAUUACUCGAGCACGUAUGAACCUGAUGACCAAAUCGAAUGGAGUUUGGUUCUUGAUGAAAUUAAAGGUUUUAUACAAUCUGACUCUCUUGUGCAAGUCUUACACGCUGACACGAAUCCAAUCGUUCUUUCACACAGAUUGAGUCCUUUAACAACACCGCCUGUAGAAAAGUCGCAAUAUAUGAGUUUAACUCUUCAAGAGAUAUUGAUAAUAGGUAGCGCUUCUGAGCAAGUAAAGUUUUCUGAAUUAACAAUGGAUAUGUUCCGCAUGAUUCAAACUCUGGAAAGAGAACCUCAGGAAGAUUUUAAUCAUAUUUACGAUGCGUCUCCAGCACCAGGAAGAGUUCCUUAUGGAAUUAAUCCGCCGAAAGGUUACAUUGAAAAUGGUGAUAGGCCCUCAAGAAGAGAAAAUCCUCAUAAAUAUUUACUGUACAAACCCACUUUAAGUCACGUCUUAGUAUUCUUAGCUAGUGGUUUCAAAGAACUACCAACCAAUGGUGCUCUGUUACUAUAUUUAUCGGCUGAUGGUUGUUUUUCGACUACAAAACAUCCUGAAGACAUGGGUUAUGAUCUUGGUGGUGUUCUAACUAGUAGCCGAAGAGACGGAGAUCACAAAAAACAAAAAGAAGCUCACUGCCUUUAUCCUGGUGAUUUAUAUCCAUUCACAAGGAGACCUCUAUUUGUUAUAGUAGAUUCAGACAAUAGUUUCGUUUUUCAACACAUUCCCAGAUAUUUUGGACAGCCAUUGGUUACGUUAAUGUCGCCACAAGAUACACCUCCAGCUUUCCAAGAUCAACAGCACAAUGGUUCUCUAUUUACACUGUUCCUUCAUUCACCUUUGACAGCCUUCUGUUAUUGCUGUAAUUUGACAACCAUUCCAAUUCACCAUUGGGAAAGAUGUCAAAGUUUCGUUGAUAGAUUCGUAACGGAGGCUUCUCGACUUUUCACUAGAUCUCGAGUCGGUACGUAUAUGUUUAUUUUUCUUCUAGAAUCCUCAUAUCUUCAAUUUUUUGGUGACGAUUUUCUUCGUUUAUUGUUGUUGCGAUAUGUAUUCUGCGACGUAGUGCUACAUCUUCACAGAGCGUUUAAAGGUCGUCAGUACCGUCCGAGAUGUCAACCUCCACUACCCGAAGCAGACUUAUUAGAACAUCCAUCAUUACAGCACCUCGUACUGGAUCUCGCGGCACACCUUGAAGUGCGAACUCACUUCAUGGAAAGUCAUGAGGUCGAAUGA